AUGAGUACGAUACAGAACAUCAAGAACUUCAUUCGGCAUGGCAAGCAGGCCCGCCUUGUCACCCCUCAUUCCGAGCCCACGACCGAUGUCUCCACCAUUCAUGCCGAGCCACAACGGCUACCACCUGGUCAAUACACACCUGCCCUAGAAGCCUUUGGCCCGGAAGGCCGAGAAAAUGCGAUUCAAAAACCGGACUCCCAGGCUAGAAAGGACCGCUCCGUGGAGAUUGAACGUCUUGUACAAGAAGAGAACGUGACUCGAUCAAAGAUGCCCAAAUACCCCGGGCUGGACCGCUGGAUCCUAGUGGAGAAGAUGGGUGAUGGUGCUUUCAGUAACGUCUAUCGCGCCAAAGAUUCGACCACGGUAUAUGGCGAAGUCGCCAUCAAGGUUGUGCGCAAAUUCGAAAUGAACAGUAAUCAGCGUGCGAACAUUCUUAAAGAGGUCCAGAUUAUGCGCAAUCUCGAACAUCCUAAUAUUGUCAAAUUGAUUGACUUCUCGGAGUCUAAGCAAUACUAUUACAUUGUUCUUGAACUUUGCCCUGGUGGUGAAUUGUUCCAUCAAAUCGUGAGGUUGACGUACUUCAGCGAAGAUCUCAGCCGACAUGUCAUUCGCCAAGUGGCCGAUGCGAUUGAGUACCUUCACGAAACCUCUGGAGUUGUUCACCGUGAUAUCAAACCGGAGAACCUUCUUUUCUAUCCCAUUCCUCAGGAGCCCAGCAAGAACCCCAAGCCUCAACAACCAGGCGACGAAGAUAAGGAAGAUGAGGGCGAGUUCAUUCCCGGGCAUGGCUCAGGUGGAAUCGGCAGAAUCAAGCUUGCAGACUUUGGCCUUUCCAAGGUCAUUUGGGAUAGCUCCACAAUGACACCCUGCGGUACUGUCGGAUACACCGCACCAGAGAUUGUCAAGGAUGAGCGGUACUCUAAGAGUGUUGACAUGUGGGCUAUGGGCUGUGUUCUCUAUACCCUACUUUGUGGAUUCCCUCCAUUCUACGAUGAGAGUAUCCAGGUCCUCACGGAGAAGGUUGCACGCGGUCAAUACACGUUUUUGUCGCCCUGGUGGGAUGACAUCUCCAAGUCGGCCCAAGAUCUGAUUUCUCACCUUCUCACCGUUGACCCCGAGAAGCGGUACACCAUCAAGGAAUUCCUUGACCACCCCUGGAUACGCGGAACGGAUGAGGCAACCACUGCUGCCGCGGACGCUCCUCCUUUGGCAACCCCACACGUUCAGACUGCAGAUGAGCGGCAGCCAUACGACUCCGUGAGCGCCGAGCAUGGCCCUUACCAGCCUGCCAGCGCUCGGUUCCUCGAGCAGCCAUCUGUAUCGGCAGACCGUCGCAUGGACUUCCGAUCUCCAGGCGCUUUCAAUCUGCGUGAAGUGUUCGACGUUGGUUACGCUGUGCACAGACAAGAAGAAGAGGGCAAGCGCCGUGCGAAUCAGCGCCAAUCCAACCGCAGUGGCACUGCACAAUUCCAAUCUGCACUUGGCGCGCUUAAUGAGGAUUAUGACGAUGAGCCCGAGUACAGCCAUCGUAUCGGUGGGCAACCACCAGCAAAGAUGGCUAAGGCUCAGGGGUCGGGCGAGAUGGCAGGCAUGGAAGCCAAACUACGAUCCACAAAUCUAAGCAACCAGAGCAGUGCCGCCCAAGCACGCCAAGCACCUCACCAGCAGAAAGCCAAGCAGGGUUACGGAAUGCACGACGCAAAUGUGGCCAGUGCUGCAAAGAGCAGUAUCCGCAAGCCGAAUCAGCCCUUCGAACUUACUCUAAAUGGGUCAACAUUGCUUGAAAAGCGUGGUCGUCGUCAUCAGCCUGUGGCUUAG